AUGUUUCUUGGACUGGAAGUUCAGCGAGAAGGCGAGCUUGGCGAGAUAACGUUAAGUCAGAGCCAGUAUAUAGAAAAUCUACUUCAGCGGCACGGUAUUAAGGAGUGUAGAGCAGCUGCAACACCACUGGAUGCCGGAUUCCAAAUCACGUGUGAUAAAGAGGGAUGCAAAAUAGUCAACGAACAGGCUUAUCAAGCGGUCAUUGGUGAACUCAUGUGGUUGGCGCUAUCAUCAAGGCCAGACAUUUUACAUUCAGUAUCUAAAUUGGCGCAGCGCAACAAGGAUCCCCACAGUGAGAAUUUGACAGGAGUAAAACAUGUACUCAGAUAUUUGGCAUCAACAAAAGAUCUAAAACUGCAUUACAAAAUUAGCAAUGAGCCUCUAACUGGUUACGUGGAUGCUGACUGGGGAGGUGACAAAACUGAUAGAAAAUCAAACACAGGAUACCUAUUCUAUCUGGCUGGAGGACCGAUUUCGUGGAAAUCUGAAAAACAACGCAGCGUAGCUCUAGUACAGAAGCGGAAUACAUGGCAUUAUCAUCCGCAUGCAAGAAAGCGAUUUCUUUAA